UGAUUCCACAAGUGCAGGAGCACAAAUGGUUGCAAACAGGGUCGGACUGGGCCGGCGGGACCCCGGGAAAAAACUGGUGGGCCCCAGUGGGCAAUGUUGAUGCAGAGCUGCUCCCUGGCCUCGAUCCUGCCAAAAGAGGAGAACAAGUUACGCGGGAAGUGGGGAGGUGCCUGAGAGAGGAGGAGGAGGAAGAGAGAGGAAGAGGAGAGAGGAAGGCAGUGGUACAGGAGAGAGAAGAUGGCGUGGGACCAGCUCUUAUUAUUAUUAUACCUAAGGACUUUCCUGUUUGUUCUCUCUGUGCCCAUCAGAUCUGCUAACUGUCAGCUGGUAGAGGCACCUACAGACCCGCCGAAGCAGAAGCCGGAUCCAGUAACAUCAGAGACUGUCGUCUUCUGGGGCCUUCGACUUUGGCAAGUUAUUGGCGUUUUCGCCAUUUUUGUGUUGGGAGUCAUCAUCACCUUGUGCUGUAUAUUCAAGUGCCGUAUCCCCAGAACCAAGAAGGAGAUCGAGGCACGAUAUGCUCAGCGGCAGGCGGGCAAGGACUAUGCAGACAAACUGGAGACAGUUCCACCACUGAACGAGCUGACGGAAAUUCCUGGAGGGUCUUCUGACAGUCUUCAAACUCUCUCUGGUCAAGUCCAGUCUAGAUCCCACAGGUCUUUACCUGUUCUCAAAGAAGAAGAUGAAAUGACUCUUCAAGGGAACUAGAGACUUGCUCUAUCUCACUCUUACUCUUUCUCACACUCUAGAAGAAUCUUCUUUUCUUGGGCUCAGAUUUUAAUUUGAUGUUUCCAGAUAUUUAUCGCACGUCCUUAAGUAAAAGACUAUGGACUGAAUGCGUGGUUGUUGAGGAUCUCUACUAAUAGGCGUAAUAAAAAAAAAAGCAACAUCAAGGUAGAGCCUCGAGCAAAAAUGAGAGAUGCUGAGUUUGUUUCCUUUAAGAAUAUGUGCCACCAUCAUACAAACUACUUUAAUAUGCCUAAAGGGAGGAAAUUGAUUCUUAUUGACUCCAAUUAUGGAAUUUAGAGCUUAAUAGCUUGAAAGAACCAUGCCCAGUUUCUUCUUAUUAACUGCAAGUUUGCAGAAUAUUAUACUAACUGGUAAAUUUUAAAUUGGCAACCAUUAAACCAACAAUAAAAGACACAGAAAAGUUUAAGAUGGCAAACAAGCACUCCCGUUUUUUGGCAUGGUAGAUAUAUGGUACUCACAGCGCCCAUUUCAUUGUGGAAGGGUGUGGUUAUGUUUACCAGUAGAAUUAACUCGCUCCAUCUGUAGCUGUUCUACAAUUUGUUAUGGGGGGUUACUAAUAAAUCCAUUUAAAAGUCAUUAGGAGACAAUUUUUAUAGACAGUGAAAACUUAGUAUUCGGUAAGUGUAAGUUUUUUAAAUUCAGCUAAAAUUGGUUUGAAACAUCACAAAAUUAUUGGAUCCAACCGCGGAAAGCUCACAAAUCUCUAAACACAAUGAAUUGAUUUUUACACAGUGUAAUACAUUUUGAUAACAGCAUUGAAUGCGAGUGCAACGAAUUGAAAUGAAAUAAAUCCAUAAAUAAACCCAGACUUUCCCCAUUCA